CAACAAUGAAAAUGAUUGAAGGAGAUAUCAAAGAUCAAUAUGCUUUGUUAUGGGAUUAUUGUGAAGAAUUGAAGAGAAGUAAUCCAGGCAGUACUAUUGUGCUUCAUAGUAGGGGAGUCAACGAAUUUUGGAGGUUGUAUUGUUGUUUUUCAGCAUGCAAAAAUGGGUUUAAUGCUGGUUGUAGGCCUCUAAUCGGGUUAGAUGGGUGUUUUUUGAAAGGGUAUUAUGAAGGAAUCCUACUUUCCGCAGUUGGUAUAGAUGCUAAUAAUUGCAUGUUUCCCAUAGCAUAUGCUGUGGUAGAUUCUGAGAAUAAAGCAAACUGGGAAUGGUUUGUAGAGAUUUUGAAAGAAGACCUUCAAAUGAACAAUAGCUUAUCUUUCACAUUCAUCAGUGAUAGACAAAAGGGCCUUUUGGAAGCUGUUAAGAAGCAUGCGGAAGACGCUGAACAUCGUUUCUGUGUAAGGCACAUGUACAAUAACUUCAAGACUAAACAUCCUAGCUUGACACUUAAAGAAAUGGUUUGGGCUGCAGCAAGAACAACAACUAUACCAAGAUUUCAACAACACAUGGCCACAUUGGGUGGCACUGAUGCUACUGCCUUAGCAUGGUUUAGUGAUAAGCCAACAUCUGCAUGGAGUAGAUCACACUUUCGAACUCGUCCCAAGUGUGAUAUUCUACUUAACAACUUGUGUGAGGCGUUCAAUAAGUCUAUACUUCCAGCUAGAGAUAGUCCUAUAAUAGUUAUGCUUGAGAGGAUCAAGAACUAUAUGAUGGAGCGAAUGGUAGAUAAAAGAAAGUCAAUGGAGAAGUGGAAGUAUCCAAUUUCACCCAAAGCCAUGGAAAUCAUAGCUAAGAAUCAAGAAUGGGCUCGAUUUUGUAGAAUUAAAUGGUCAGGUGAACUACAUUUUCAAGUUGGAGUUACUCAUACAAAUGAGCAGUAUGUGGUUGAUUUGAAUGCUAAAACAUGUGCAUGUAGAAAAUGGGAAUUAACUGGGAUUCCUUGUGAACAUGCUUUGGCUUGCAUACUCAAGGUAAAUUUAAAUCCAAUUUCUUUUGUUGAUGCUUACUACUCCAAGCAGGCGUAUGAGAAGACCUAUGCUGAAAUAAUCGAAGGUACAAAUGGCCCAGAAUCAUGGCCAAAUCCAAGAACACAUCCUUUGCAACCUCCUCUAGUAAAGAAAAGACCUGGACGUCCCAAGAAAGCUAGAAACCGUGAAGCUGGUGAGGUUCCUGCUAGUAAUAAAGUGAGAAAGUUUGGCACUAUAAUACACUGCAAAAAAUGUGGAAAGCCUGGUCAUAACAGCAAGACAUGUGGCAAGCCAAAUUCAAAAGUUACUAAAAAGAGUAGACAAGGAUAAAUCUCACCAAAGUUGAGCUUUAAAAGUGGGGAUCCAAUUCAAUGUUAGUUUAUUAUGACUUAUGAGUAUGCAUUAAUAUUUUGUUGUAUGAAAACUUGAUUCAGUCUAUGCAUGUUUGGCUAGAUUUCUUUUAUUUUACUUAAAAUUAUCAUUAUUGUUUGUUUAGUAUGAUUGAUGUCAAGACAUUCAAUAGGUUCUCUUACCUAUUAUUUUGGAUGAGCAUUCUGUUGUGUUUUAUAUAUACAUGUUUCAACAACUAUAUUUUAGUAAUAUUUUUUUUAUAUAACUGUUUUAAUUUAAAAUGUACAUAUAUUCUAAACUUUUUUAUUCUAUAUGUAUUAAUUUUAUUUUGUUUUAAAAAUUUAUAAAAUAAUUACAUCUUAAAAAAAAAUUAACCCAUAUGUAAUUACAUCAUAUUUUAAACAAUUUAUUAUAUUUUAUUUAAAGUGAAAACAUAAUAUAUAAUAAUAUUUGAUUUUUUAAAAUUUACUUCAAAUUUUUUAUAAUUCCAAUCACUACCCUUCAUUAAAUGGAGGGAAAUAGAAAAGGCAGUAAAACUAACACUGAACAAGCUUGUUAACGGCAGAGGAUCAUAAAUGCUAGUAGAGUAUAAGUUUGGGGACCAAUUUGCCAAAAAAAAAGAGUUU